AUGAGAACGACUGAGGUUGGCAGCCACUUCGAUGUGGUACCUGCAGAUCCGGAGCAGUGGUCCAAGGACCCUUUCCACCUCACAGUGGAGGGAGACAACCUCUACGGACGAGGGACCACUGAUUGCCUAGGCCAUGUGGCGUUGUUGACCUGCUUCCUGCGAGAACUUGCCCGGAGCAAGCCGCCACUGAAGCGAAGCAUUGUGGUUGUGUUCAUCGCGGCAGAGGAAGGCGGUGAGAAGCAGGUUGGAGUCGACAAAGUCUUGGAGAAAGGCAAACUCGAAGAGGCAAAGAAUGGCCCUGUUUAUUGGGUGGACUCAGCAGACUCAAACCCCUGCUGUGGCACUGCAGGGGCCAUAUCAUGGCAACUGAAGUGCAAAGGCCGACUAUUUCACAGCGGAUUUCCCAACAAGGGCAUCAAUAGCAUCGAGCUGGCUCAAGAGGCGCCGGAUGUCGUGCGUGAGAGGUUCUUCAACGACUUUCCACCACUGCCAGAGGAGGAGCUCUAUUCUUUUGCAACAGGGUCACACAUGAAGCCCACUCAGAUCGAGAGCUCCAAGGGCUCUUUCAACCAGAUCCCCGCUGAGACCACCAUCAGUGGUGACAUCAGGCUUUCGCCCUUCUACGAGGUGGAAGAUGUGGUGGAGCACGUGGAAAAAUAUGUGGAGGAGCUCAACUCUGAGCUUGGGGACCUUGAAACCCACAAUCGAGGAUCGUGGAGCAAAUUUGUCCUUCCCGAGCAUGUCCAGAUCCAAGAUGGGGAGAACCGGCAGGGCAAGGUGGAGCUCAAAUGGAUGGGCACCAUGGAUACCUUCAAGCUUUAUGCCGGUAUCGCUGUGAAGCUCGAAUCGGAAGGCCACAAGGCUUUGGUUCAAGCCUUCCGCGAGAGCAAUGAUGGACGGGCUUGA